AUGAGCGGCAGCGGCAGCAGCAGCCUCGCCGACUGGCAGCCCAGACUGCAGUGUCAGUCGUCUUUGAGUGCUCAAGUGAUUAACAUGCGUGCAGUGGAAAAUUUUUGCGCUUUGGCAGAUCAGCUAAGCAACAGCAACGUUGCUUGGACAUUUCCGCUUAACAAAUCAAUACAUCAAACGUUCAAUCAACUUCUGCUCAGUUAUCAGCUGAUAAACAUAUUAAAGGAUUUCAGCAGCGCACAUAAUGAUUUAUCAGCUGACAUGGGCAGCAGAGCAACGUGGAACCAAAGCGCGGCUAAGCAAUGUCACAGCAAAGAAAGCCCAGCAUACUCAUUUAUUCCUGUAUAUUAG